CGGAAUAAAUACGUUUAGGCCAAUCACGGAAGACGGUUUUGACACGUGAAAAAAGGACGUGCGUCCCAUAUACUUCAAUGCCUACAGAGUACAGACUGUGUCCAAAAAUAGCCGGAACUUCUAAGGAUCCUCUGAAUCAGUUGAAAGAUCUGACACAGCUAAAGAAUCAGCUGGAGGAGAUCCAGCGUCGAGUGGAGAACGAGAUUUCUGCGGGAAUCCCCCAGGGAAGCUCAGUGCUGGGAUCUCCGUUUCUAAAGGGCUUUCUGGCCGGAUACGUGGUGGCCAAGCUACGCUCCUCCGCCUUCCUGGGAGUGCUACUGGGAACAAUCACUGGCAUGUACGUGGCACAGACCUAUGAAGUGCCCAACAUUGACAGGACUGUGAAAGAGUAUAUGAACAACUUGAAAAAAGGACCAAAAUAAUGUGGGCUGACUGCUAGCCCU